AGAGCUUAUUUGGUCCUUGACAAUAUCGGCUGUGCAACUUACUUACCUACCGUUCAUGUUGGUGCUCCAUUGUUUGAUCUUUCCAUACCAGCCGGCUUCGCUUCGUUGCCAACUAUGCCUAGUACUCUCAAACUAUCACUGAAGCAGGGUAGUUCACCCGAGCAGAAGAUAGGUGCCGAAGAAUGGACUCGCGUGCAGAAUUUCAGAUGGACCUGCGCUGACGUCGCCAAUAACGAAUUACUUGGUUGGCCAGUGAUCCACUGCAAUGCUGAAACUAUCGAGAUGCGAUUCGCAACUAAGAAAGAAUUUCAAGGCAAAGUAUACGUGAAGGGGAGUUACAACCAUCCUGAAUGUCGAGUCGAGUACAGCUCGAAGGUAGCUCGACGAGCGUCUACACGUGGGAUCAAAAUAGAGCACGGUGCAUGUAACAUGAGCCGGCAACGACUGGCACCUCCAGAAGGCAUGAUUCUCUCCACAGUUCUCGUCAUCAGUUUUCAUCCCUUAUUUAUUACCAAAGCCGACAAGAUGUUCAGCGUCAGGUGCAUGUACAAGGAAGCUUCACACUCUAUCACUGCUAGACUGCAUGUCAGUAUGCUACCAUCGGUGCAAUUACCUACAGGCUCACUGUCUCCUACGUGUUCCUACACCAUCAGGAGGGAUUCUCUGGAUGGUGAAGUUCUCGCCUACGCCAAAGUUGGUGAUCAAGUGGUACAUAGGUGGAAUUGUGACACA